AUGCGUCGUGCCGUCGUGCGGGGGGUCUCGUGCGCCUGCGCCCAGGAGAUCGCCUCCUUGCAAAGCUUGCUGGACGACGCCGAGCUGCAGCAGCGCAAGGCCGGAGCCGAGCGACGAGCGGCGCCCGGAACACAGCGGAGAGCAGCGCAGCAGCGGAGAGCGCUCUUCGGAGGCGCGGCAGCAGCGCGCAGCCCACUCGGAGCGGUUGGCCGCGGGUCGGAACGAGCUGCAAGCGAAGGCGCGCGAAGCGGAAACUCGUGGUUCGCUCGUGCCGUGAGCUAUGGAAUCAGAGGCCGUGGCAUUCACGCUGUGGCUCCGAGCGUUAGCGAUGCUGCGGUGCGAAAGGCAUGA